AUGCAUCCUAACACAUUUGCGAACAAUGCAAGAAAUAAUACUCUGCCUCGCGAUUACGAACGCAUGAUGCAAAAAGUCAUGCAUCGUGUCGGCCCUACUACAAUCAUGACUAAACGACUCAAGCGCAUGUCGAUGAGCAAACGUGAAAUCAAAUUUAGUGAGGAAGCCCGUCUUUCCUCCCCUGAAGGCCGAGUUAUUAUGUAUCGCCGUCUUCUGGAAGGCAAGAGGAACUUGGUACCUUUCGGAAAGUAG